UAGUCAGUCAGCUCUCCGGGGCUAAGCUGUUGGUUUGAGUAGUCUGCUGCUCUCCUUCUGCCGCGAGUGGACACUUGUGAAACAAGGUGCUGCACAGACGUCCGAGUGGAGAGGAAGCGGGUGAGGGAAAGUUUAAAAAGGACUGGACAACGCUGAGGAACGGCUGGCGGUGUGGAACACACCCCGCUCCUUCUCUCAGGGCGCAUGCGCCCUCGGUCUCCGCCCCUCAGCCCUAGAGCUCGGUGUGUUGGAGAAGGAGGCCGACAACACACAGCUAAGACUCCGGACCAGAGACGACAACAGAAAGGGGCAGAACAUGGUAUUGAAUCCAGUCAUAUCUAAACUGAGCGGAAAGCUUGUUGUACUGGCAAGUGCGUCUCCAAGGAGGCUGGAGAUUUUGACCAACAUAGGCUUACGGUUUGAAGUAGUGCCUUCAUGGUUCAAAGAAACUUUGGAUAAAACCUUGUUUAAAAUGCCCUAUGAAUAUGCAGUGGAGACAGCAAAGCAAAAGGCUUUGGAGGUGGCCCAAAGAAUGCCUUUUAAACACCUGAAAACUCCGGAUAUUGUGAUCGGAGCAGACACUGUUGUGACAGUGGAUGGUUUGAUCCUGGAGAAACCUGUUGAUAAACAAGAUGCGUAUCACAUGCUGUCCAGACUGAGUGGAAAAGAACACAGUGUGUAUACAGGAGUGGCCAUAGUCCUGUGCCAUGAAAGACAGGAGGGAGGUACAGAAUUUAAGGUGGUAGACUUCUAUGAGGAGACUAAGGUAAAGUUUGCAGAGCUGUCUGAAGAGAUGCUAUGGGAAUACAUCAAUAGUGGAGAACCCAUGGACAAGGCUGGUGGUUAUGGGAUCCAAGCUUUGGGUGGCAUGCUGGUGGAGUAUGUGAAAGGAGAUUUUCUUAAUGUGGUGGGCUUCCCUCUCAAUCACUUCUGCAAACAGCUGGAGAUGAUUUACAACAGCCCGCUCGAGAGCCCUUCUCACAAGAUGAAACGAGAGGACUCUGGAGGAACUGACGGGCCCUGUUCCCCCGUUAACAGCCUGUCCAAAGUCACUGAGAAUGGGGAGGUCAGCAACUUCAACAGCUCAGACUCAGCUGGCCAAACGCCAGUUCCAGAGCAGAAUGUGGUCGGGCCUGAGUGUGCGAAGUGCAACAACGAGGGCUUCCCCCACAAGAUAGUGGAUCUACUGGAUGGAUUCAAAGCAUCAAAGACUUUGUUUACAGCUUGUAAGCUGGGGGUGUUUGAUGUUCUGAGUGACUCUGAAGGCCUAACGGUGGAGGAAGUAGCUGACAAAAUCAAAGCUUCAGUGCUGGGCACUGAGCGGCUGCUAGAAGCUGCUGUCUCCUUAGAGCUGCUACACAAGCACAAAGUUGAAGAUAAGAUUAUGUACAGGAACACAGAACAGGCCAGUCGGUUCCUGGUAUUGGACAGCCCUCUGUCUCUGUGUGGUUAUAUCCUGCACUGCAAUGACCUGGUUUGGCCUCUGUUCACCCACCUAGAGAGCGCUGUCAGAGAGGGGACCAAUCAGUAUGAGAGGGCUUUUGGGAAGAAGACUGAAAACCUUUUUCAGGAUGGCUACUUCAGAAAGGAUGACAUUAAGAUGCGAUUCAUGAAUGCAAUGCACAGCGUUGCAAAGGUGACUGGAAAAGAUGUGGCCACAGCAUUUGAUUUGUCCAGCUUUAAAACAGCCUGCGAUGUUGGAGGCUGUACUGGAGCCAUGGCGUAUGAGUUCACCAAAGCCCAUCCUGGACUGUCUGUAGUAGUUUUUGAUUUGCCACCAGUUAUUGAAAUGAGAAGCCACUUCCAACCUAAAGAACAGGAUGACAGAGUGUCAUUUAUUGCAGGAGAUUUCUUCAAAGAUGAGCUACCUAAAGCAGACCUGUAUAUUCUCUCACGGAUUCUCCAUGAUUGGUCUGAUGACAAAGUACAUGAGCUGUUGAGCAAACUCUCCAAGGCAUGCACUCCAGGCUGUGCUGUGCUCUUAGCCGAGACCGUGCUGGACGAGGCCAAGCCGUGGGCCAGCAGGGCCUACAUGCAGUCUCUGAACAUGCUGGUGCAGACGGAGGGCAGGGAGAGGAGCUCGACUCACUAUAGACAGUUGCUGGAGAAUCAUGGAUUUUCCCAGAUGAGAGUGUCUCACACAAGGAACUUUUUAGAUGCCAUUUUGGCAUUCAAGCAGUAAAUAACAGGACAUUUUCCCUGAAUCUUAAGUUGAAGAAUCUUAAGUUGAAUCUUAAGUUGAAAAAUAAGCAACUCCUUACUCAGUUUGGUUUUCAUUCCAGUAUUUUGCAGGUUAUUAACAUUAUUUGUUUUAAUUAAUUAAAUUUAUUUUUUAAAUUUAAUUAAUAUUAUUGCCUACAUCCAUCCAUUUUCAAAGCCGCUUAUUAUUGCCUACAUAAAAGACUCAAAUGCAAACAACAAAGCUUAAAUGUGUGAACUGUUUGACUUUGUUGUGUAUUAUACACCCUCAUUUUGCUGUUGUUAGGGCACCUCCGUUCAGCGGAUCACUCUGCUCUUGUAACGUCUAAUAAAACACUACAUGCCAAAGUUUGA